CAAACUCGGUAGUGGUUCUUCAGAUCCUCUCUAGAAGUUGUCUGGCGGAUUGGCUGCGCAAACGACGACACCAUGGCAAAGCUCCUUCCAGCUCUGGGUCUUCUCCUAGUUCUGCACAUAGCUACUUCCAGUAAGCUGGUGUGUCACAUGACCAACUGGGCUCAGUAUAGGCCCGGCCAAGGCAAGUUCACCUCAGACAACGUCGACCCUUUCCUGUGCACACACGUCAUCUACGCACUGGCCACCAUCAACAACUUCAACCAAAUCGUUCCCAUCGAGUGGAACGACGAUCAGCAGUACGCCACCCUCAACGACCUCAAAAACAUCAAUCCGGCUUUGAAGACCCUGCUGUCGGUCGGCGGCACGGUCAACGGCAUGAGCCCAUUCAUCGGCACGGUCGCCAGGCCAGAGAGUCGCGCCGCCUUCAUCCGGUCUGCCAUCAGCUACCUGCGAAGCCAUAACUUUGAUGGGCUCAAUUUGGCUUGGGAAUAUCCGGCACACAACGGCAGCCCGCUGCAGGACAAGCAGAGGUUCACUUUGCUGGUCAAGGAGUUGGUUGCGGCUUUCGAGAACGAUGCCAGGGAUUCCAAGAAGACUCAGCUUCUGCUGUCAGCCAAUGUCGCUUCCAUCCGCGCCACCGUUGACAGAGCUUACGAGGUCAACCUGAUUGCACCACAUCUGGACUUCAUCAACCUGAUGACCUACGAUUUCCACGGACACUGGGAGGCAGAGACGGGACACAACAGCCCUCUGUACCAAAGUUCUGGCGACUCGGGCUCCCACAUGCAUCACAAUGUCAACUCCUCCGUGUCCCAUUGGCUGGACUCGGGAGCACCGUCCGAGAAGCUGCUUCUGGGCUUGCCUUCGUACGGAAGAACCUACCGCCUUCGCACCGCCGCUACUGGCCUUGGAGCGCCGACAAACGGACCGGCUGAAGGCGGACCGUACACUCGCACUGCUGGUUUCUGGGCUUUCUAUGAGGUGUGCGACUUCCUCUCCGGCGCUUCUGCUGAAUGGAUCGACGAACAGAGUGUUCCGUACGCCACCUCCGGCGGUUCUUGGGUCGGCUAUGAUGACCAUCGCAGCUUUUCAUCAAAGGUGGAGUGGAUGACAUCCAGGAACCUGGGAGGCGCUCACGUGUGGACUCUGGACAUGGACGACUUUUCCGGGGCCUUCUGUUCGGCCGGCUCCUAUCCGCUGAUCAACCACCUCAGACUGUCCAUGGGCUUCCCCCCUAAGCCGAGCACCACCCCGGCGCCGACCACCACCAGGGACCCCAUCCUGAGUUUCUGUCACGGCCGCCCCGACGGACUGUACGAAAACCCGGCUGAUGCCAGCACCUAUUUCCAGUGCUUCCGAGGAAACACCUACCUCCACCGUUGCCAGCCUGGUCUCAUUUACUGGGACUCCUGCAAGUGCUGCAACUGGCCUUGAAACACAACGCUUCCAAUGGAGUGGGAGAACGUUUGCAAUAUGAAGUAAACGCAAAGUUAUACAUCGA